AUGACAUCGGAGGACAAUAACAUUCUUGAAGACCACGACCUUUCUUUAUUUCAGGAACCAGAAGGUUUUCGACCUCGUUCACCCGAACCAACAUUCCAAGUAUUCGAACGGCAACCUGAGCACGUCGAGCCUGGUACUUUGGAUCGGCUGACUGUGCGUCUAGUUGGAUCACACCCGCUAUGGGGUCAUUACUUGUGGAAUGCAGCGAAAUGUCUUUCGUGGUAUUUGGAUGAACACAAGGAACUUGUCAGAGGAAACAACGUACUAGAAUUAGGUGCGGGUGCGGCCUUGCCUUCUUUCGUGGCUAUGUUGAAUGGUGCUGAAAAGGUUGUGAUUACGGAUUAUCCUGACAAUAUAUUAAUGCAAAAUAUCGAGUAUAAUCUGUCUAACAUAUUUUCCAACUCACAAGAACGCGAAAAGUUUGCCGUCAUGGGUCAUAUUUGGGGCAAAGAUACCCGACCCCUCUUGAAUCUCAUUUCAAGCAAUUCAUCACAAUCCUCCGACUUUGUCUCACCUCUGUUCGAUCUGAUAAUACUUUCUGAUCUGAUAUUCAAUCAUUCACAACACAACGCCCUUCUCUCUACAUGUCAAUCAUGUCUGUCUCCGUCUGGGGUUGCGCUCGUUUUCUACACACAUCAUAAACCACAUCUCGCACACAAAGAUAUGAAUUUCUUCGAGUUGGCUCAGAAGGAAUUUGAUUUUCGUGUGGAAAAAAUCUAUGAAAGAAGAAUGACUCCAAUGUUUGAGAAAGAUUAUGGUGAUGUAAACGAUAGAGCUACCGUGCAUG